AUGACUAUUCCUGCAAAAUCUCGAGGUGCUUGCCUCAGCUUAUCUUGUAUAUUAUCAUUAGCUGUUGCUAUAAUAAUAAUCAUCUGCUUAUUCUCAACUGGAUACCGUUGGCUGGAUGACAAAGGUAACUUCAUACGAGGGAAAAGAUCAUUCGGUUUACUGCGAUACUGCUGGGACCCUUACGAGACGAAGACACAUUCGGCCUCUCCAGACACGGACGGGCAUUUGUGUUACAGGAGAUCUAAACCCCCGAAUGAUGAAAAACCUUUAGAUUUAACUUACUAUUAUGCUGACUUUGAAAUGAUCACUUUAAUUCUUCUAUCCAUAUCUGCCGGUAGCAUCAUUAUUGGACUAUGUUUUGCGAUUUGUUCUAUAUUCACGAAGUUUGGAGCGCUUUCCCAUUGUGUCAUGCAGCUUGUUGCCACCAUAUGCUGCACUAGUGGUUUUGUAGUUUACACGUACUUUAAUGAUUUGAGGGAGAAUCAGUCAGAGAUAAUUAGCGGGACUAUUCUUAUGUACCACUACGGUUGGGCCUAUUACUGCACAGGAGCUUGUAGCGUUCUAUCACUGCUUGCUUUCAUCUGUAGCGUGUUUGGAUCAGCGUUUUUCAUAAUACAUUCUUCUGAGAAGAAUAAAAGCAAAGUUGAGUCUAUCCCAUUGUGA